GACAGGGGGCGGGGCCGGGCCGGGUCCGUGCGGGUCUGCACGCGCCGCCGCCGACGCCUGCUCGCGCGCCGCACGUAGGCGCUGCUUAAAGAGGCAACGCGGCGAGGCCGCCGCUGCCGGGCGAGCUGCGGCUCGCGGGCCCCAGCGGGAGGAGCCAGCGCCCCUUUAAGAGAGCGGCGGCCGGUGCCGGUGGUUUUAUUUACAUGGGGGCUCGCGGGCGUCACGUGACUGUCAGCGGCGGGGGCUGCGCGCGGAGCAGCCGCGGGGCCAUGGCGGGAGCCGGCGACGACGGCUCCUGGGUGGAGCUGCGCUGUGGCCCAGGCUGCCCGGAGCCCGAGGCGGCGCCCUCGCCCUUCUCCUGCCACGCCGACGUGGAGCGGAUGCUGCUGGAGGCCCAGCUGGAGACAGAGAGCAGUGAGGGGGCCCUGCUCGUGCUGAGCUCCCCAGCCUGGGAUGAGGACAGAGCCAGCCAUGGCAGUGAUCAGCCUGCGGAGAGUGAGGCACUGCCUGCCCACAGCCAGCCCCAGCCCGGCUGCCCCCACCCCCGGCAGCGGGAUGUGCCACAGGAAGCCAAGUGGAGGCAGCGACGCCUGAGAGCGUCCCUGGGCUGGGCCUGUGCCCGCUGCCCUCGGUACCUGUCUGCAGAGGAAUUUGCCUUUGUGUGCUCCCCCCAGCCAGUGCUGUGGAGCCUGCAGGGAGGUGCAGUGGGGAGGAAGAAGAGACUUUUCAGUUCAGAGCUGCUGCUGCUCUUCAUCCCCUCGCUCCUGCUCAGCCACCUGCUGACCCUGGGGCUGGGGAUCUACAUUGGGAAGCGCCUGGCAGCCUCCUCAGCCAACCCUCUGUGAGGAGCUGGGCAGGCAGCACCUUCUGCUUCGCUGGGAACGCAGGGAGAGCCUGGCACCAGCACAGCCUGACUGCUCCCAGGCCCUUCUGUCUGUCUGUCUGUCUGUCUGUCCCUCAGCCCUGCCUGGGGAGCUGAUCCCACUGUCCCCGUAGAAUGGAACCCACUGAUGGCAGCUCCAGCUGCAGGCAGCCCCUGCCCUCCCCAGCCCCUGGUUACAGCUCCAGGUUCCCCAAAACAGACUGUAAAUACUGAGCCCACCUCAAUAAAGAGCCCUGUGCCAGCUCAGGGGUUGAGCAGCGAGUCCCUUCCCUGUGUGUGGCUUGGGAAGUGACCAU